CCGCCACUGUCAAAAUUUUAUAAUGAUUAAUAAUUCAAUUGUUUAAUUAGUGAAAAAUGUCUUUUCUUCUCAAAAAGAAGGUAAUGACGAGGGAAAAUUGGCGGUUGUCCAUGACAAUUGGAUGACCCCUCUUAAAACCCAAGUUUUUUGGCCUCCAUACAAACAGAAAUCCCAGCAUAAUAAAGCCUUACGUAAAGGUGAAGAUUCCAAGGACACAUGGGAACUAUUUAAAAUAAAAAGAUGCUUUUACACUUUAGAUUCCGAGGAAGAUAAUGAAGUGUGGCUCCAUCGUCCCCCAAAAAUAGGUGAUUUCAAAAGGCGAACUUUAGAAGAGGGCAUUAAAUUAGGUUGUACCUCAAUUGAAGACAACGAAAUUAAAAAUAAUCCUGCCGACAUCUUCACGGAUUCAAAUCCUGGAAGAAUCAGCUUUCAAUAAAAAAGGUACUAAAUUUGUUAGAAACAAUUGCAGAGCAAAAUAAAAGAAUUCUGUCAAAUAUCGAGCGAAAACAGCCCGCCAAUAAUGGUCCUUCUUUAACUGAGCAGCUAGCUGGUGCAAUUUAUGAAAUUAGUAAUGAUAAUAAUAAUUUAUGUAAGCUUUAAGUUUAUUUUUUCUUAUUUGGAUAUAAACAUUAUAAUGACCAUAGAAUAAAAUAAUUUAUUU